AGGGAUGUUGGUGCUAGUCGGAAUGUGGCUCGGUCCAAGCCAUGCAGAGCUUCUUCAGCUUUUUCCACUUUCAACCUCUUUUCAUUUAAGAAGUUUUUACAUGACUCUGAGCAUACAGGCUAUGGCAGGCGCGGCUUCGGGGUCUCUGCUCCAGCUCCUGCUGCGGCUCGUGGCGUUGUUGGGGACACUGCGGUCACAGGUCCAGACCCUCAGGCCAGAGAACCUCCUGCUCGUAUCUACCUUGGAUGGAAGUCUCCAUGCACUGAGCAAGCAGACAGGGGACCUGAAAUGGACACUGAAAGAUGAUCCCAUCAUCCAAGGACCAAUGUAUGUCACAGAAAUGGCCUUUCUCUCUGACCCAGCUGAUGGCAGCCUGUACAUCUUGGGGACCCAGAAACAACAGGGUUUGAUGAAACUUCCAUUCACCAUCCCUGAGCUGGUUCAUGCCUCGCCCUGUCGCAGCUCUGAUGGGGUCUUCUACACAGGCCGGAAGCAGGAUGCCUGGUUUGUGGUGGACCCUGAGUCAGGAAAGACUCAGAUGACAUUGACCACAGAGGGCCAUUCUACCCCCCAACUCUACAUUGGCCGAACACAGUACACGGUCUCCAUGCAUGACCCAAAGACCCCAGCCCUGUGCUGGAACACGACCUACCACCGCUACUCAGCAACCCCCAUGGAUGGCUCACCUGGGAAGUACAUGAGCCACCUGGCAUCCUGUGGGAUGGGUUUGCUGCUCACUGUGGACCCAGGAAGUGGGAGUAUACUGUGGACACAGGACCUGGGUGUGCCUGUGAUGGGCAUCUACACUUGGCACCAGGAUGGCCUGCGCCAGCUGCCCCAUCUCACACUGGCUCGAGAUACCCUAAAUUUCCUUGUUCUCCGCUGGGGCCACAUCCGACUGCCUGCCUCAGGCCCCGAGGAUACAGCCGCCCACUUCUCUGCCUUGGACACCCAGCUUCUGAUGACACUCUAUGUGGGGAAAGACGAAUCUGGUUUCUAUGUGUCUAAAGCACUGGUCCACACAGGGGUGGCCCUUGUGCCCCGUGGACUGACCCUGGCUCCCAUGGAUGGCCCCACAACAGACGAGGUGACACUUCAAGUGUCAGGGGAGCGAGGGGGCUCACCCAGCACUGCUGUCAGAUACCCCUCAGGCAGUGUGGCCCUCCCCAGCCAGUGGCUACUUAUUGGACACCAUGAACCACCCCCAGUCCUGCACACUACCAUGCUGAGGGUCCACCCCACCCCAGGGAAAGGGUCUGCUGAGACAAGACCCACAGAGGAUCUCCAUGCCCCAGCUCUCUCAGAGAUCCUGAGCCAGAGCACAGAACAACCUUGGGACCGAGAGAUGCAUCUUGAAGUGAAAACCUCAGACUCUUACCUAGGACUGGGAUCCCAAGACCUGUUGGCAGCUAGCCUCACUGCCAUCCUCCUAGGAGGCUGGAUCCUCUACCUGAUGAAGCAACAGCAGCAGGAGCUGGCAGAGCAGCAGAGACCUUUGGCACCUGAAGGCCCUCCUGACACCUCACAGGAAGCUCACACACAGCCCUCAAGGGCCACGCUCUGGGGCCAGAAGAGACAUCAAUGUCCUUCAGAGCAAGCCCAGCCAUCCUGUGACCCUGAUGCUGACCAGCUCACCGUGGUGGGGAAGAUUUCCUUCAACCCCAAGGAUGUGCUGGGACGUGGGGCCGGUGGAACUUUCGUUUUCCGGGGACAGUUUGAGGGACGGGCAGUGGCUGUGAAGCGGCUCCUCCGAGAGUGCUUCAGCUUGGUUCGGCGGGAGGUGCAGUUGCUUCAGGAGUCAGACAGGCAUCCCAAUGUGCUGCGCUAUUUCUGCACUGAGCGGGGUCCCCAGUUCCACUACAUUGCUCUGGAGCUCUGCCAGGCCUCCUUGCAAGAGUACGUGGAGAACCCUGACCUGGAACGCUGGGGCCUGGAGCCCACAAUGGUGCUGCAGCAGAUGAUGUCUGGCUUGGCCCACCUGCAUUCCUUACACAUAGUGCACCGGGACCUGAAGCCAGGCAACAUUCUCAUAGCUGGGCCUGACAGCCAGGGCCAAGGCAGGGUGGUCCUCUCUGACUUUGGUCUCUGUAAGAAGCUGCCUGCAGGCCGCUGUAGCUUCAGUCUCCACUCCGGCAUCCCAGGCACAGAAGGCUGGAUGGCACCAGAACUCCUCCAGCUCCUGCCCCCAGACAGUCCUACCAGUGCCGUGGAUAUCUUCUCUGCAGGCUGUGUGUUCUAUUACGUGCUCUCUGGCGGCUGCCACCCCUUUGGAGAGAGUCUCUACCGCCAGGCCAACAUCCUCUCGGGGGACCCCUGUCUGGCUCAGCUGGAAGAAGAGGCCCAUGACAAGGUUGUAGCCAGGGACCUGGUAGAAGCCAUGCUGAGCCUGCUGCCCCAGGAGCGCCCUUCAGCAGGCUGGGUGCUGGCCCACCCCCUCUUUUGGAGCAAAGCCAAGCAGCUCCAGUUCUUCCAGGAUGUCAGUGACUGGCUGGAGAAGGAGCCAGAGCAGAGCCCCCUGGUGACGGCCCUGGAGGCGGGAGGCCACAAAGUGGUCCGGGACAACUGGCACAAGCACAUCUCCACACCACUGCAGGCAGAUCUGAGAAGGUUCCGGACAUACAAGGGGACAUCAGUGCGAGACCUGCUCCGUGCCAUGAGAAACAAGAAGCACCAUUACAGGGAGCUCCCAACAGAGGUGCGCCAGGCACUAGGCCAACUCCCCAACGGCUUCAUCCAGUACUUCACACAACGCUUCCCGAGGCUGCUGCUCCACACUCACCACGCCAUGAGGAUAUGUGCCUCUGAGAGCCUCUUCCUGCCCUACUAUCCGCCAGCCUUGGAUGCCAGGGGGCCCUGCGAGAUGCCACAAGGAAGAGAGGCAGCCAAGGGCCCCAGAAGUGGACCAAGGAGUUGGGCCUGUGGCUGAAACUGGCCUCAGGGAGCAUCAGAAAAAGACUAGCAGCAGUCUGGCAGCCUGAGGGUGCUAGAGCAGCAAAACACUCUGGGGUCUGGUGGCCCUCAGGGAAUACAGGACAAAAAAAGAUUUACAUAUAUUUAAUGUAUAUAAAGCUAAGGAAAGGGUAGUCCCCAGUUCAAUAGAAAUAUCUGUACAAUUGAUACAGUGGGCUGAGGACACAGGAAGAGGCUGGAGGAACCCACACCCAACAUGUACAAAAAUAACUUACACAGUAACCCCUACAAGGAUGGCACAGCUCUCUGCCCAGGGCCAGGAGGCACUGACAGCAGCCCCAGGAGCCCAGCAGCACAG